AUGUGUCUCUUCAUUGGAUGGCAGAGGGAGGGCAAUACAGGCUUCUUUGCGCAACAGGCCAAAGCGAGAACUGAAGAGGCAGACUCCGACUCCAGCAAUGAAUCGAGUACGAAUGUUCAGAUGGCGACCAACACAAAAGAAUACCUCCUAGGCUACUCAGCAACUUUGUAG